CCAGCACAACGAACCAGUGCGCAUGCGUGGAACAUUCGAUCACUGGUGGUGUAGCUAACGGCUAGGCUACGAAUCCAGCCAACAUGGAGAGAAAAGUUCUAGCACUCCAGGCGAGGAAGAAGAGGGUGAAAGCAAAGAAGACCGUCAAAAAACAGCCAGCCAAUCCCAGAAGUCGACAGCAGCCGCAGCUAGAAGCCUCACCUCAGGAACCCGAGGAACCUGAGGAGAUUCUCGGCUCUGACGAUGAGGAGCAAGAGGACCCCAAUGACUACUGCAAAGGCGGCUACCACCACGUGAAAGUAGGAGACCUUUACAACGGAAAAUACCAUGUCAUCCGGAAACUGGGCUGGGGACACUUCUCCACCGUGUGGCUCGCCUGGGACAUCCAGGUGAAGAGGUUUGUCGCAAUGAAGGUGGUGAAGAGUGCGGAGCACUACACGGAGACGGCAGUGGAUGAGAUCAAACUCCUCAGAUCUGUAAGAAACUCAGACCCCAAUGAUCCCAACCGGGAAAUGGUGGUCCAGCUGCUAGACGACUUCAAGAUCUCUGGUGUCAAUGGAACUCAUGUCUGCAUGGUAUUUGAGGUGUUGGGGCAUCACUUGUUAAAAUGGAUAAUAAAGUCCAAUUACCAAGGGCUGCCCCUGCCGUGUGUGAAGAGCAUCGUAAGACAGGUACUCCAAGGCCUGGACUACCUGCACACAAAGUGUGAGAUCAUCCACACAGACAUCAAGCCGGAGAAUAUCCUGAUGAGUGUUGAUGAGCCUUAUGUCCGGAAGCUCGCAGCUGAAGCCACAGAGUGGCAGAGGGCUGGGGCGCCUCCCCCCUCUGGUUCAGCAAUAAGCACAGCACCUGCUCCAAAACAGACAGUAAAAAUGUCCAAGAACAAGAAGAAGAAGUUAAAAAAGAAGCAGAAGCGUCAGGCGGAGCUGCUAGAAAAGUGCAUCAUGGACCUGGAGGAGAUGGAGAAGACUACAGAAACAAGAGAGGAGGAAGAGGAUGAAGAUGAGGACCCGCAGUCUCCAAAGGGACGGGCUUGCGCUCCUCUCAGACAGGUGUCUCUUCUCGAGCUAGGAAAUGAGGAAACGGAGGAUCUCAUGAGGAUGGGGCCCGAAGGGCUGUCAGAGUUGAACUGUAAUGGCCAUGUGGAGGUAGACCAGAGGCAGUCCCAAUGGAGGGACGAAGACCAACACAAUGGCAACGCAGAGCCCACAGAGGAAUGUGCCAGUCAGGAGGAGCAACGCAAGGAGUCCCUUGUUCACCCCAUCUGCAACGGUGUGGACUCUGCAGAUCUCAAGGAGCUGGAUGCAGAGACUAAAGACAGGGGUGCUCACAGAAGUGGAGUAAUGGAGAGACACCUUCUCGCUGGGCUGGAGGAGGGAGAGCUCGAGCAAAGCAUUUUGCAGGACGACGGUCCUGACUGUCAAUAUACAACCCAGGAAAGCCUGAGAAAUGGCAAGCUAACAGCAGGAUCCCUGUUAGUUAACCCCCUUGAGCCACUCAAUGCAGACCAGAUCAAGGUCAAGAUUGCAGAUUUGGGAAAUGCCUGCUGGGUGCACAAGCACUUUACAGAAGACAUCCAGACACGGCAGUACCGUUCCUUAGAAGUACUCAUUGGUUCUGGAUACAGCACACCGGCCGACAUAUGGAGCACAGCCUGCAUGGCAUUUGAGCUUGCCACAGGGGACUACUUGUUUGAGCCACAUUCUGGGGAAGAUUAUUCAAGAGAUGAAGACCAUCUUGCUCUCAUGAUUGAGUUGCUUGGUAAAAUCCCUCGUCACUAUGCUCUGAGUGGGAAAUACUCACAGGAAUACUUCACCAAGAGAGACCAUAUAGCGCUGAUCAUUGAGCUGCUGGGGAGCGUCCCACGCAAACUCAUAAUGAACGGCAAAUAUUCCAAGGAUUUUUUCACCAAGAAAGGUGAUUUGAAACACAUCACCAAGCUGAAGCCGUGGGGCCUGCUGGAGGUGCUGAUUGACAAGUACGAGUGGCCCCGUGAAGAAGCCGAGUGCUUCACUGACUUCCUGCUUCCCAUGCUGGAGCUGAUCCCAGAGAAGCGAGCCACGGCCGCAGAGUGCUUGCGCCACCCCUGGCUCUCCCUCUAGUGGGGCCCUCCAGCCAUUGCACCUCCCUUCCCUCUCACCUUCUCCAGAGACUGCAACAGAUCACUUUCCAGUUUGGGCAUAUCAGAUGAAUAUUUAUUUCUCUUUUUGUUUCGUCGUUUUGGGUCUCUUAUGUUCUCAUUCUUGAACUAAAGCUUCUGUGUAUGUUUGCCUUGUAUUUGUUGGUUCUUCUCUUGGCGCGGUGACGUCCAGAAUCCAGUGGAAUAUUUUACUUUUAUGGUUAUGUUGGCUCCAACUGCUGUGCGAACGAAGCAAACCUGUUAUUGUACUGCUAGUGACUCAUCCUUGUUUUUUACACUCCUGCACUAAAACCCAAACAAAGCAAGGAUAUGUAGCCUUUAUUGGUCAUUUUUGUCCCCUUUAAAAAAGGACCCGCUAUCACUUCUAUUCUCGUGCAUUUUCAUUAGUGCUGUGUUGUUGUGUGUCUUUUUUUUUUUUUUUUAUUGAAUAAUUUUAUCUUAUAUUACACAUGUAAGGUAAAUAUUUUGUAUUUGUAAAGUAGGCUUAGGAAGUUGCACACUGGGCUGACAUUUACACUGACUGUGUAUUAGCAUUUCUCCAGCAAACUCUAGUUUCUUACUGAGAAGCCCACUGUCCGAUAAUGUAGGUCAUAUUAUUUAGCCAUAACAAAUCCAUUCUCACCUGGUAUUUAGCGUGGUGGUUAGUUAAUUAGAAUAAAUUAGAUCUUUCAUUCUAAUGGGAGGCUGGUAUUCUCAUACACUUAUUACAAUUCAGGAAUAGUGUUUUAAAGGUUUCAACAAGAUGACUAUGUUAAGAAGCCCAAUUUAAAGGAAAAAAAAUGUAAUGAAAAUAAACUGUAUAUAUCUGUACCAAAGACUUUGCCUUUAUGUAUAUUACAGUUAUGUACAGUUUUUAACAAAUCUUAUAUCUUAGCUAAAAUUAUUUAGCUGGGUAGCUGUGUUUUAAUAAAGCGUAUGAAAGAUGUGUUCUGUAUGUAUGGCCAACUGUUCAAUAAUGUCACUGUUUUUACCAUAGAAAUGGUGAGAUCUGAUGUUAUGUAAUGGUGUCCCAAACUGAUCAUAUUUUAAAGUAACCUAUGUAUCUGUUGAGGCCAAGGUAGAAAAAACAAAAUUUACAUCAGUGUGAAAUUCAAGAGCAAAGACUUUAUGUGAGCUGUCAGUUUAAAAAACUGUACAACACACCAUACAAUAAAACAGAUGUUCAUACAGCACAAAA